AUGAGUUGUCCAGAUGGUAAAACAAAUGGAAUCCUACCAUCACAAUACGGUGAAGCAAGUUCUCUAAUUGAAUCGUCUUCUUCGAUAACCAGACAACUUGUUUCAAUCAGAAUGAUAGACCUAUCUACUCUAUCUCCAGCGGAGAUCACAGUGGUGGGAUCAGUGUUCUGCGUCUUGCUCUCUAUGCACUUCACGAUGCAGCUCAUAUCACAGCAUCUCUUUUACUGGAAAAACCCAAAAGAACAGAAAGCCAUUCUAAUCAUCAUCCUCAUGGCUCCUGUCUACGCCAUCAACUCCUUCAUCGGCUUGUUAGAUGCUAGAGGAAGCAAACCUUUCUACUUGUUUCUUGACGCCGUUAAGGACUGCUACGAGGCACUUGUGAUUGCUAAGUUCUUGGUUUUGUUGUAUAGCUACGUGAACAUAUCGAUGAGCGAGAGGAUUAUCCCUGACGAGAUCAAAGGGAGAGAGAUCCACCAUUCGUUUCCGAUGACUCUCUUCGUUCCACGGACCACACAUCUUGAUCAACGCACACUGAAUCAGCUCAAGGAGUGGACAUGGCAGUUUUGCAUCAUCCGUCCAGUGUGUUCUAUCUUGAUGAUAACGCUACAGAUCCUCGGGGUUUAUCCACCGUGGUUGAGCUGGAUUUUCACCGCCGUUCUUAACGUUUCGGUGUCACUGGCGUUGUAUUCUCUGGUGAAAUUCUACCAUGUCUUUGCCAAAGAGUUGGAGCCUCAUAAGCCACUUACAAAGUUCAUGUGCAUCCAAGGGAUCAUCUUCUUCUGCUUCUGGCAGGGCGUGGUGCUGGAGGUAUUGGUAGGAUUGGGAGUAAUAAAGCCGCAUCAUUUCUGGUUGAAGGUGGAGCAGCUUGGAGAAGUUCUGCAAAACGUGCUUGUGUGUCUUGAGAUGAUCGUCUUCUCCGUUAUGCAACAAUACGCUUUUCACGUUGCUCCUUAUAGUGGAGAAACCGAAAAGAAGAUGAGAAUGAACAAUGGGGAUUGA